ACUAGUCCAAGAUCAUUACAAACGUGUCACACACUCACAGCAAGGCGUUUAAUACUGAACUGAGAAACCAAACUACACGACAUGAUCAACCAAGGAGCAGGUCACCGGAAUCAGUGGUCCAAUAGAAGCUCAAACGGGGGAAACAGAGACACCCAAAAUGUUUGUUUUCCCUCUCAAACUCAGAUUCCUCCAAACAUGAUGAUACGAGGUUCACCUGGCAGUGAUCCGCUCACAGUAAAUCCAGCUCUGAAUGAACUGAGACUGGUUCUGCUGGGAAAAACCGGUGCGGGGAAAAGUGCAACGGGAAACAGCAUCCUGGGAAACAGAUGCUUUAAUGAUGAACUGAGCAUGGGUUCAGUCACGAAAGAGUGCAAGAGAGCGUGUGGAACGGUGGAAGGACGAAAUCUCGUUCUUGUGGACACACCUGGGUUUUUUGACACGGACUUAACAGAAGAACAAUUAAAACAAGAAGCAAUUCAUUGCCUGGCCAUGAGUUCUCCUGGUCCUCAUGCGUUUCUGCUCGUUAUUCCAAUAGAGCGAUAUACAGAGGAGCAGCAGCGCACCGUAGAAAUGAUUCUGGAGAUGUUUCGUGAGGACAUCAGCAAUUACAGCAUCCUGAUAUUCUCACACGCCGACAGACUCAGAGGAGAACCCAUCGAAAGCUUCGUUUUGAAACAAAAUCGAAAAGUUCAAGACCUCGUGAAGAGAUUUGGGAGGCGUUUCGUGGCCUUUGACAACACAAACCUUACAAACCCAAAACAAGUGAGUCGACUCCUGCAGAAAGUAGAUGAGCUGUUGGUCAUGAAUGAGAAUCGUCACUUCACUAAUGAAGUUACAGAAGUAAUGCAAAAUGCCCAGAAGAUAAUAAAAGAUAGAAUACAAGCAGAAAUGGCUAAAAGAACGAAGAAAGUAAAGCAGGAGGUCAGAAAACUGGCUGAUGCUCGUUGGCGUGAGUUUUUAUCUUACAUUACAGAAGAGAGGCAAGAAACGGAACGAAGAAGGAAACGCAUUCAACGCAGGAUUGAUCAGAUUGAGACAGAUAUAAAGAAGGAACAACAGAAUGUGCAACCGAUUCCAGAAAGACUGAGACGGUUCAUAGAGUCUCUGCAGACGGAGAUGGAGAACAUGGGACGACUGGAGGAAAGACGGAUGGAGGAGGAGAGAGAGAGAAAGGAAAGAGAAGAGCAGGAACAGAACGACCUGGAGAUCUGGAUCCAAGAAGAGGAGCAGAGGAGAAUGAGUGAAGGAGGACAUAAUAAUCUUCUUACUCCAGAUUAUAAUAAAAUGCUGUUUAUGCUGACCAUGUUUAUGUUGGGGAUUGGGGCUUCAUUUGCACCCGCUCUCUUACUGUUCCUGUUCCCUGCAGCUCCAGUGGUGGAAACUGGAUUUGCAGCAGGGUUAUUAACCAACUUGUUGGCUGCAGAAGGAUGGAGUUUCGUUUGGGUGGUUACUGGAGUCGCCAAAGCUGUGGUUCUGACCCGCUGCUCCAUCCAGUGAAAUCAAGAUAUAGCCAAACCGCGAAUAAGUGAAGAGCGAAAAACAUUAAGCUUUAAAAACAAGACACAAGAGUAUCACAUAAUGGUCCUAUGAAGCGACGGUAUAUUCCUAAGUGUUAUAUAUUCAUCUUAACAUUACUAAUGUUUAAUAUGAAGGAAAAAAAAUCUGAAGAAGAAUAAAAAUAAAUAAUAAAAAAAAACAUUAAAGAACAUGCCCAUUAAGUCAUUAAAAGGUUUCAAACAUUUGGUUAUGUUAAAAGUUAAUGGAACAAUUAAUUGUAUCAUUUCGCAAACAAGAAUGUUACGUUUAUAUGUUCUCUGAACAUUCUAACGGGAAACAUUUACAAAUUGUUACAUGUGACCUGUGCAUGUCUGAUUUUCUGAUAUAAUUAUUUUUCACUAUUGUCUGUUUCAGUCAUUUCUAGUUUAUUAUAUAACUAUCUAUUCCUUGAUUUUUGUAAUGUACACUUCUCCUUUAUGUUUAGACAAUUGCAUUCACUACAGUAUUGAACUAUAAGAGAUGCAGAUCAAAACGUGUUUAGAGUCUUUGGACUUUGAGUUUUCUGAUCUGUGUAAUCAAACAUUUCUUAUUGUGCUUUUGUAAUUCAUUUGUUUGAUAUAACUGAGUUACUUUAAUUGUGUUACUUUUUAUUUUGCUUAUUUUAAGUUUAGCGAUUUUAUCCACCUGUAUUCAUCUAAAUAAAGUGAAAUAAUAUCAA